AUGGUCGCACAGUUCAUGGCCGAAACAUGUCACGCUGCCAACGAUGGCCCAUCUAUCCGAAUUACGGAGCGCAACGACCGCACAGUGCUUAUGAGCAUGCUGAUACGUCUCGUGCGCCUCUUUCGCAAACAACUCAAUGCCAGCAAUCCAAAACAUGAGGAUGAGUCAAUCAGGCUAAAGCCUCCCGUAUCCAAGCUGAAACCUUGCAGCUAUUCACAUCGUACCGUUUGUGAUAUACACAUAUAUGAUAUCGUGCCUCCCAAGCAACCAACGAAGACACCUUCAAAGCAUAUCUACUACAUCGCCGGAGGAAGCUGGCAGAUGGUACCAUCGGAGCAGCAUUGGUGGAUUUGCGCUAAGCUCGCCCAAGUGUUGCCAAACACCAUCGUGUCGAUGAUCUCGGUCCCACUCGCGCCCAACAACACCGCAUCGAGUUCGUUCCCCUGGUGUCUGAGGCUUUACCGCGAGAUAAUGCAGGUGGCAGACCACGCAGGCGAGCGCGUGACAUUCAUGGGCGACUCAUCCGGCGCCAACAUCGUUCUCUGCCUAGUCAUGGAGACAUUGCGACAAGAAGCCGAAGCCCCGGAGAUGUCACGGACACCUACCCCCAUCUCCGUAAUGACCAUCAGCCCUUCCACCGACAUGACGCGCACAAACCCGGACAUUGAGAAGUUGCGGCCCCUCGACCCCCUGCUCUCUCCCGAAAUUAUCAGAGCAACAGCAAAAGCCUGGACAGCCGACGACAUAGAUCCCGCAGACCGCAUCGUCUCGCCCAUCAACGCCGACUUCUCACUGCUCGCGCGCAGCGGUAUCAAAGUGCACGGCGUCACUGCCGGCUACGACGUGCUCAGCCCGGACGGCGUGCGUUUCCGUGACCGAUGCUCCGAAUACGGCAUCAAGGGCGAGUGGCUGCACUGGGAGAAGCAGAUGCACUGCUUUGUGCUGACAGCGCCUUACCGGCUCAGCGAGGGCAGGAAGGGGCUGGAGUGGGUGAUCGAUGUGUUAAAGAGAGAAUGA